UAAAAUUAAGGUUUAACUAUUCUCACAAUGAAUAAUAAACUACAAGGAAAAUACACUCUCAGAAAAUCGAAAGUUGUCGUCACUCGCCGCGCGUAUUACAAACUUAAAUGUUGGCGCCACUGAGCAAGCCACGUUGGAGUAUUAUGGAGGACCUAACGGCACAGACUAGUACGAAGUGCAUCACAAAUCACAAAAAAAAAAUCACAACAGCCAAAACAAAAAAUGGGCAAAAAAAUGUUGGUAACACCGGUGCGCUAAAAAAGCUUGCAAACUUCACGCACCUAACCUGCGCUGGACAUCGACUCGUCCGUAUCUCUAAACUCGGGGAAAAUGUAUAUUGAUUUUUCAAAGAAAAGUCAACCGAUGUAACAAAACACCGUUCGCGAAGUGUUUAUACGCGUAUAGAAGCGUCGCGGUCAAUGUGUAGUGUCGUCGAGAUGGUGCGACGGUGUUUCUCGUCGCGUUUCGAGUGAGAUCGGAGAGAGUGUCGCGUCGCUCGGCCGACGGCCCGGAGCCCGGCCGCGGCCAGGGCCUGGGCGCGCCAUGGACGCCGGCGCUGCUGACCCGCUGCGAGCGGCCAGGCCGGAGGAGGGCGAAGACAAACCGAAGCCGACGGAGAGCCAGGACGACGGUUACGAGACGAGCAACAGCGGCGAGGCGGCGCGCCGCAAGCCCUCCAGCGCGGAGGGCUCGCCCGCGCCGCCCCCCGAGCCGUCCCCACCUCCCGACCCCCCCUACGAGCCACUUCUGCGUCACUAUCCAGAUCCUGAGCCAGAGCCGUACCGCCACUUCGAACCCCCCGCGCCCCCGCAACCCCAACCCGAACCACAGUACCAACACUUCUUUCCGAAGUACAACGACCCGUACGCGUUCAAGCGCGAGCCAGAUGCGCCGUACGACAUGAGCCAACACCAUCAGCACCAACACCAGCACCCGCAUCACCAGCAGCACCAGUAUGGGCCGCCGGGGAAGCGGGACGAAGACUUAUACAACGGCAUCAAGAGGGAGUGCGACGACCCGUACUCGUUCGUCGAGGAGGAAGCGAUGUGCGCGAUGCUGGGCCAGCCCCCGCACCACGGGAUGCCCCCGCACAUGCAGCACCACGAGCAGCACCCGCACAUGAUGCACCCGCAGCAGAUGAUGCUCAACCAACCCAAAAAGAGAGGGCGCAAGAAGAAAAUCAAAGACGAAAAUGGCAUGGAGAUAAAAGCGGAGCCUGGAAUGGAGGGCGCGCUGGUGGCGCGGCCGGUGAAGGAACGCAAGAAGCACGACCGGUUCAACGGGAUGAGCGAGGAGGAGGUCUCCCGGCGGACGCUGCCCGACCAUCUCACAGAGAACCUGGACAUCAUCAUUAUUGGAAUCAACCCUGGACUGUUCGCUGCGUACAAGGGCCACCACUACGCUGGACCAGGGAACCACUUCUGGAAGUGUCUGUACCUGUCCGGCCUCACCAGGGAGCAGAUGAGCGCUGAUGAGGAUUACAAGUUAUUGAACUUCGGCAUCGGUUUCACGAAUAUGGUCCCGCGGGCGACCAAAGGCUCGGCGGACCUCACGCGGCGGGAGAUCAAGGAGGGCUCCGCGAUACUGCUGGAGAAACUGCAGACCUUCCGGCCCAAGGUGGCCGUGUUCAACGGAAAGCUUAUAUACGAGGUGUUCUCUGGCAAGAAGGACUUCUGCUUCGGGAAACAACCAGACACAAUUGCGGGCACUAACACUUACAUGUGGGUGAUGCCGUCGUCGUCUGCGCGGUGCGCACAGUUGCCACGCGCAGCCGACAAGGUCCCGUUCUACGCAGCGCUGAAGAAAUUCCGCGACUACCUGAACGGACUCGUGGCGCACGUCGACGAGGCCGAGCUCGUGUUCCCCGACAACACCAGCCGCCGGCCACAGGAGGAGAUGGAGAUCCGCAGACUGACGAUGGAGCCGGAGCCGGGCGACACCAUCAUCCUCGAGGACGGCACGGAGGUCCCGCUCAAGAAGAAGCGGGGCCGCCCCAAGAAGGUGAAGCUGGAGAACGGCGAGGUGGCGCCCCCCGCGCCCCGCGCGCCCCGCCAGCCGCGCCCCCCGCCCGCGCCCGACGCCGACCAGCCGCCCAAGAAGAAGCGCGGCCGCCCCAAGAAGAUCCGCCCCGAGGACCAGCAGUUCCUCCUGCAGCAGCAGCAGCAGCAGGUGCGUCUCAUGCAGGCGAACGCAAUGCUCCAACCACAGCUGCCGUCGCUGCAGCCGCUGCCCCACGAGGCGCCCUACCUCGGCCACAGCGAGUUCCAGAGUCAACUGCCGUCGCCGCUCGGGCAGAGCUCGCUGCUGUACCAGCACCAACAGCACCAGCAUCCGCAUCAACAGCCGCCGCACCAGCAGCACCAGCAGCCGCUCUCAGACGGCUCCUCGUACUUCCAGCCUCCAGGCUCUGGCGUUGGGCCGGGCUUGGAGUCGCCGCUGGACGUGUCGGGCGCGCUGCUGGGCCGCGGGUACGGGUCGCCGGGCGCGGGGCCCGCGGGGCCCGCGGGGCCCGGGGGCGCGGGGCCCGGCGGCCCGGGGGGCGCGGGCUACGCCGCGUCGCCGCGCGCCGUGUACGCGUCGCCGCGCUCCCAGGGAUACUCGCCCGGACCCGCGCGCCCGGCCGGCACUCCGCAACCACAGUACCCGUCGAGUCCCGCGGCAUUCUCCGCGCCGUCCCCGCCGCGCGCCGGCUACGGGUCGCCGGCGGGGCGCGGCGGGGGCGGGCCCGGGGCGGGCGCGGGCGCGGGCCCCGGCGGGGGCGGGGGCGGGGCGCCGGGCCCCGCGGGGGGCGCGUCGUUCGCCGGCCGCAGCCCGCUGUACUCGCACAGCCCGGCGCCGUACCUGCAGCAGGCCAGCCCGGCCGCGCCGCCGCGCUACUCGCAAUCCCCGCACCCGCACCACCCCCACGCGCACCCCUACUCGAGGUCGCCCGCGCCACAGGCGCAGGCGCGGCCGUACUCACGGUCCCCGGCGCCGGUGGGGGGCGGGGCGGGGGGCGCGGGGCCCGCGGGCGGCACCACCCCGUUCCCCGCGGCGUCCCCCGCGGGGGCGGCGGGGGCGGGGCAGGGGGCCGGGGCGCUGCACAGCUACACGCCGUCGCCCGCACACACGCCCUACAGCCAGCACUCCUCACCGGCGCCCGCCUCGCGCACGCCCACCUACGCGGACUCGCACCACUUCACGCAGUACACGAUGGCGGUGCGGGGUCGGCAGGGAGGAGGCGGGGGCGCGUUCGGCGGCGAGCUGUCGAGCGACAUCGGGGCGGCCAUCUCGUCGCCGGGCCCCGUGUCCCCCGGCAUGGCCGCGCUCGACUUCGAGCCCCCGAGGGACCCCGACGCCAGCCCCAUGGGCAGCACCGACAUGCACCCCGGCAGCAACAGCAACUCCUCGCUCUCCGACUACAACAAGACGAACCCGGGCGUGAGCGAGAUGUCCCCGGCGGGCGUGGCGCCGGGCGGGUUCGGGGGCGCGCUGUACGAGGGCGAGGCGCGGCUCGGGGCCCCGGGGGGCGCGGCGGGGGGCGCGGGGGGCGCGCCGGGGCCCGCACCCGCCGCGGGGCCCGACGCGCGCCUCUACCACCACGCGCUGCCCCACCACUCGCCCGACCACGACAAGACCGACCACUACCACUACCAGGACCAGGGCAAUGGUGUGGCAGAGAGUCCACGGUUAGACCAGCUACAUCAGCAUCCCUCCAUGUAUCCUAGCAAUUUUAACAGGUCGACGCCCCCGGGCGGGGGCGCGGGGGGCGGCGAGGCGUUCUCCCCCGGGUUCCGCCCCCCCGAGCACCACGCGCCCGCCUCCCCCGCGGAGUACGCGCCCAAGACCAAGUCGCAGGACGUCGCCUCCAAGUCGCUGUCGGGGCUGGAGUCGCUCGUCGACCAGAUCCCCUCCAUCGCGGAGGGCCCGGGCGGCGCGGCGGGCGUGGCGGGGGGCGCGGGGCCCGUGGGGGGCGCGGCGGGGGGCGAGCAGCCCCCUCCCGCUCCCGCGCCCUCGCUGCCCGACUACGCGCCCGCGCUCUACGGGCCCUACGGCGCAUACGGCGGGGCGCCCUACGCCAACAACGGGUACGGCACGCCGUUCGUGGGGUACGGCGGCGGGUGGGGCACGGCCGUGAUGCGGCCCACGCCCGGGUACCUCUCCGAGUGGCAGUACGGGUACCCCGCCGGGGUGCCCGCCUCCUACGCGCCCUACAACGCCACCUACUACAACGGCUACGGCGCGCCGCCGCCAGCGCACCACCAGCAGGCCCACUACCUGUCGGCGCCGCCGCUCAUCGACCUGCACAAGAACGGGGACGCGCCCGUGCCCGCCGUGCCCUCCGUGCCCUCCGUCGGGUUCGGCGGCUUCUGUUAG